AUGAUUUUUAAACAUUUUCAGUUAACCAAACAAAAACUUCUCAUCAAAACAUAUUUCUUCCCGCUUGGUCAAGACAAAGUCGUUGAAGUAGCGUCAAUCAAGCAUAUUUACUAUAAAAGGCAGAAACUGUGCGAGGAUUGUUUCCGUGCCAAGGACUGGGGAAUGACUCUGUCGCCAAUUUGGUGGGCUUGUGAUAUUGGACGGGGAUUGCACGGAGGUAACAAGAACUACUACAAUGUGGUUAUCGAUACAGGAGAGAGUACUAAGAAAGGAUUCUCAGUGGAGAAUAUCGACGAUUUUCUCUAUCACCUGCGACCACUUCUUCAAACGAAUGCAGUCUGCGCGAAUUGGAUUCCAUCGUUCUGUGAUGGAAACGUCAAAAUGAAAGCUCAAUAA